AUAUCACAACAAGCUCGACCUCAAUUCAAAACAUCUAGCAUUUCCUUUCUGUAAGAAAAAUGUCUUCUGUUCUAGCUACAGUGAUCUGUGUAGUAAUGUUGUUUUGGGGCAUUUCUAAUGCUCAAUUAAGCCCCACAUUUUAUGCUAGCACUUGCCCGAAUGUGUCGAGCAUUGUGCGAGGUGUAGUGGAGCAAGCUGCGCGAAAUGAUGUCCGGCUUGGAGCCAAGCUCAUUCGCAUGCACUUCCAUGAUUGCUUUGUCGAUGGCUGCGAUGGCUCUAUUCUGCUGGUCGAUGCGAAUGGCAUAAAUAGUGAGCAAGAUGAACUUCCUAAUCAAUCCGUAGAAGGUUAUGGUGUCGUUGAUGACAUUAAAACAGCAGUGGAGAAUGUUUGUCCUGGCAUCGUCUCCUGCGCAGAUAUAUUAGCCCUUGCAUCUGAAAUAUUGGUUACCUUGGCAGGAGGUCCAACAUGGCAAGUGCCACUGGGAAGAAGGGAUAGUACGACUGCAAACGCAGCAGGAACUUCUGACAUUCCUAGUCCUUUCGAAACCUUUGAAAAUCUCUCUCUCAAGUUCUCAAACAAGGAACUUGAUUCCACUGAUCUAGUUGCUUUAUCUGGUGCACACACAUUUGGGAGGUCUCAGUGCCAAUUCUUCAGCCGGAGACUCAAUGUUACAAACCCUGAUCCAACCUUAAACACAACAUACUUGCAGACACUUCGCCAAGCAUGCCCACAAGGCGGAAAUCCAAGUAGAUUGAACAAUCUUGAUCCUACAACUCCUGAUGAUUUUGACAACAACUACUUCACAAAUCUUCAGAACAAUCGUGGCCUUCUCGAAACUGACCAAAUACUCUUUUCUACUAGCGGGGCUGAUACUGUUGCCAUAGUCAACCGGUUUGCUAGCAGCCAGUCCGCCUUCUUUGAUAGCUUUGCUCAGUCUAUGAUAAAGUUGGGAAAUUUAAGUCCUUUGACAGGAAGCAGUGGAGAAAUCAGAGCCGACUGUAAGAGGGUCAAUUAGGGUCUUUGGAAAUUCUAUGCUAUGAGAUGGAAAAACUAUGCAUUUCUUUCCUCCUUUUCAGUUUUUUUCCUCAAAUUCAACGUGUGCUAGAACUAAUAAGAAGGGUGGGAUUUUUUCUGGUUCUGAGCAGAACCUCAGGACUGAACUUUGAAUCAUCCUCUACGUUGAUGUAUUAGGAGCGUACCAAAUUUGUGUUAAACACAUAAUUUGAAUGGAAGAAAUUUUUAAUUA